AUGUCGUUGCUGGGCCCGUUCUUGCAGAUCCUUAUCCCGGAACAUUUCGUUCUAGUGGAUUUGGUAUCUGAUGGUGAUAGUGAGUCAUGUCCUCGGUUGAGGCCGAGGUCGAGGGAUAAUAGUGGUAAGGGGGUUACGGGUUCUCAUAACGUGAGGGUAGGAUCUUGGAACAUAGGUUCGUUGACGGGGAAGUCCAUAGAGCUAGUGAAAAUUCUCAAGAAGAGAAAGAUAAAUAUAGCUUGUGUCCAAGAGACUAGAUGGGUAGGCGCCAAGGCUCGGGAUGUUGAUGGGUUUAAGUUGUGGUACUCAGGAGGGUCAAGGGAUAGAAAUGGAGUGGGUAUUUUAGUAGACGGGGAUUUGAGGGAGCAAGUGGUGGAGGUUAGGAGGAUCAAUGAUAGGCUGAUGACGAUUAAGCUAGUCAUUGGAGGAUGUACUUUGAGUGUUAUUAGUGCUUAUGCCCCUCAAGUGGGCUUGGACGAGGAGGCCAAAAAGCGCUUUUAUGAGGAUUUGGAUGAGGUAGUUAGAGGUAUACCGAAUACCGAGAAGAUUGUCAUGGCUGGAGAUUUUAAUGGCCACAUUGGGGCAACUUCUAGUGGAUUUGAUGAUGUUCAUGGAGGCUUUGGUUUUGGGGAGAGAAAUGGAGGUGGAACUUCGUUUCUAGACUUUGCUAAGGCUUUUGAGUUGGUGAUUGCUAACUCAUGCUUUCCGAAGAAGGAGAACCACUUGGUUACCUUUCGUAGCACGGUAGCUAAGACCCAGAUAGAUUACUUACUCCUUAGGAAGGGUGAUAGAGGUCUCUUUAAGGACUGCAAGGUCAUCCCAAGUGAAAACCUCACUACCCAACACAAGCUUUUGGUGAUGGACCUGAAGAUUAAGAGGGAUAGGAGGAGGAAGAUGAUACCUGAUCGACCGAGGAUUAAAUGGGGUGGGUUGACCCCUGCCCUUUCUCGGGAGAUGGGUGAGGAGCUGAUGGGGAUGGGGGCUUGGAGUGGUAGCGGGGAUGCGGACAGCAUGUGGAAUAAAGCAGCUAGAUGCAUUAGGGAAGUUGCUUCUAAGGUGUUAGGGGUGUCAAGGGGUAAAUUUGGAGGCCAUAAAGGAGAUUGGUGGUGGAAUGGGGAAGUCCAAGGUAAAGUGGAAGCGAAGAAGGCUGCAUACAUAAAAUUGGCGGAGUGCGUAGACGAGGAAGAGAAGCGGACGCUUAAGAAAGUCUAUAAGACGACAAAGACAAAAGCUAAGUUAGCUGUUACGAAGGCGAAGACGGCAGCUUUCGAACGCUUGUAUGUCGAGCUGGGGGACAAAGGUAGGGAUAAGAAGUUGUAUAGGCUCGCAAAAGCAAGAGAGAGGAAGGCGCGCGACUUGGACCAAGUGAAGUGUAUCAAAGAUGAGGAAGGCAAAAUACUGGUGGAAGAGACCUCCAUCAAGCAAAGAUGGCGAAGCUACUUUCACAAACUUUUUAAUGAAAAAGGGGAAGCAGACAUUGUGUUAGGUGAUUUGGCACACUCUGAAAGACUUCGGGAUUUUGGAUACUGUAGGUGCGUUAGGUCCGAGGAGGUUAUACGGGCUAUUAGUAGGAUGAGUAGGGGAAGAGCGACCAGACCCGAUGAGAUUCCUGUAGAAUUUUGGAAGAGCAUGGACAAGGCGGGCAUAGAGUGGUUAACUAGGCUGUUUAAUGUUAUCUUUAAGACAGCAAAAAUGCCUGAAGAAUGGAGGUGGAGUACAAUGGUUCCGUUGUAUAAAAACAAGGGUGAUAUCCAAAACUGUAACAACUACAGGGGUAUCAAAUUGUUGAGCCAUACUAUGAAGAUUUGGGAGAGAGUGGUGGAGAUGAGGGUGAGAAGAGGGGUGUCCAUCUCUGAGAAUCAGUUUGGAUUCAUACCAGGAUGUUCGACUACCGAAGCCAUUCAUCUUAUGCGUAGACUGGACAUGUACGGUGGAGCCAAGACUCGGGUUAGAACAGUUGGAGGAGACUCAGAACAUUUCCCAGUUGAGAUGGGGCUGCAUCAGGGAUCAAUCCUAAGCCCUUUCCUAUUUGCUUUGGUGAUGGACGAGUUGACGCGGUCUAUUCAGGAGAAGGUCCCAUGGUGUAUGUUAUUUGCGGAUGACAUAGUACUGAUUGAUGAGACGCGGGACAGAGUUAAUGCGCGGUUGGAGCUUAGUGUUCGAGUUACUCGUCCUCUUUUAUGA